AGUGAUUUCGAGGCUGAUGAUUAAAAUUAAUGACGUCAUAGAAAAAUGGCGGCCACCAAAGACAUAAUGGAAUCGCUGGCAGUUAGUUGUUUAAUGUGUUGCAAAAAUGCCCUAAAAAUUGAUGUUUAAUUGUUCACACAAUCAAGGAUGGAUACAUCAUCAACAACAACACCUGACAAACAUGGGUCUGAGACUUCACAGUCGCUGGAUUCCAGCCAUCAGAAGACAGACUCAGGAAAUCCUGUGCAAGUGACUUGUCAGCGUGAAAGGCGGAGACGAGAACACAAUGAUAUGGAGAAAAAGAGAAAAGAACAGAUUAAAGCUUGUAUCUGUAAGAUGGGUGAACUUCUGCCUCCAAACUACAUCACUAGUGAAAGACAUAGCACGUUAGAGAUUGUUGAGAAGUCACUUGCAUACAUGAGAGAAAUGAAAGAAGCUAAAACUAAAUUCACAGGCACAGAAGAAAGUUUACAACAAGAGGUUGCCAUCUUGAAAGCUGAAAGGGACAAGUUCUCUGAAAUAAUCAAAGCUGCUGGUCUAUCUACAGAAUCUAUUCCCACCAAUGGUGUUAGCUCCACAACAGAUGUCAAAGAUGAAAGUCCGAAGCCAAAGAACAAAACAAAGAAACGUAAUACUCUCAAUGCCCACCUACAGCAGCUACAAGAACAAAGAGAAAAACAACAACAACAGGAAAUGAUCUCAUCAUCAGUGUCUGUAUCAGACGACACUGCUGGAAACUUACCACAGAAUCAGUUAAUGAACAUGCCAGGUGGUGCGUUUAUCAAUGGACAAAAUGUCAUGUUUAAUCCGAUGAUGAAUCAGUUCAUGAUGCCGGGAAUGAUGGGAAAUGGGAACCAGAUGAUGCCAAACCUCGGACCAAUGGGAGUCAUUGGUGCUGGUUCCAGUACUGGCAUGCCAGGUGUUGCUAAUAAUAACAUUGCAAAUCCGAUAGGUCAAAAUUCAAACCCACAAAGUGAUCAGAAUACAGGCAAUAUGAACAAAUCAGCAGAUGAUUCCGAUGCAGGAUUAUUACAGCUGGCAAUGCAGGAUGCUGGAAUCACUCCUGGUAGUAACUCGGGACAGCAGAGUUCCUCGGCAUUGACUCCAUCUGUGUCAGAGACUGCGCAGGAAGCAGAAUCUAGCUCCUCUCAGAACAAUGCUUUACAAACACUCGCAUCAGUUGCUACUAGUGAUCAUAUUUUCUCCACGGAAAAUAGUUCUACAGACAACCAGUCUACAACAGCAUCAGGGACUGGUUCUUUGACUGGUAGUGCAUCAAAUAUGCCCAUGAUGACAAGUACGCAGUCUGGUUUACAACCAAUGUUACAGACUAGUAAUAGUGCUCUCAUAAAUAUGCCAAUGUUAGGGAACCCAACUGGACUGCCAGGACAACAACAACAACAGCAGCAGCAGCAGCAGAUGCAGCAGAUUAUGUUCAUAAAUGAUCAAGGGAUACCCAUGAUUGCCAAUGUGCCUGUGGGUAUGGACCCAAAUAAUCCAAACAUGUUUAAUAAUUCUCAGAAACCAGGAAUCAUGCCUGGUAUGAAUCAAACAAAUCUUAUAAAAGACCAGACAGGAAAUAUGGACCAGAAUGCACUUGCAUUAGCACAGCAGCAGGCAAACAUGGCAGCGUUACAAAAUCAGUUACUUGGACAAAACGCUGGCAACAACCUUCCCAAUAUGCCGUUUCAACCUCAAAACUUGCUGCAAGGAAAUAUCAUACAGACGCCAAAUGGUCAGUUGUUGCAGCAGAUAGGACCUCAGAUAAAUGGUCAAGGUCAGCUGCUAGGAAUGCCGGGUCAGGGUCAGGGACUAGUUGUUGCUGGGCAACAAGGUCAGCUGACCUUAAAUACAAUGCCCAGUCAACCAAAUCAGUUACCGUCUGCCUUGAUACUGCCAAAUGGUCAAAUCAUUCCUGUGGUUACAAACCCAGGUAAUGUUGUAUCACAGCCAGGAAUCACUUUAAGUCAAGCGCAACUAACUCAGCCAAGAAUGUCAGGGCCUCAGAUGCAACCAGCAAUGGAUGGUCAGAUUAUAUCAGGGCCAAACAGUCAAGGUUUAUUGAUUCCGGCAGCGUCUGUGGGUCAGGUUGGGACGUCAAGCACAGCAGCAACUCUUAGUACUAGUGUGGUACCAACUUCAGCAAUACAGACCGUUAUGACUUCACAAAUACAGGGCUCAACAGUUCAAACACAGAAACCAAUUUCUUCUUCACUACCAGGUCCUCUGCCUAAUGUCUCAAAUAGCAACCAGCCUAAAAUAGUUAGCAUUCCACCUGGGGCACCAAAUGUUGGAAGUGGUGGUAUAGCGGCUAAUGGGAAGCCAUCUGGUACGCCUAUCCUUCUGAGCCUGCCAAUCAAUGGUCAGCCCACCACUGUACUGCUAGAUCCGGUAACCAUGCAGGUUUUAGGUACGGUUCAACCAGGUCAGCAGCCUGUUCCGCAACAACCUUCAGCUGCUGUCAGUGGAGUUCCCACUACAGCUGCCGUGCAACCACCAGUCAGUGCGCAACCCGGUGCAACAGCAAAUAAGAACAAAAAUAAAAAUAAUGCCAAUCAGCGAGCCAUAUGUCCGAAACCCCUUGGUGGAGAAGGCUUUAACCGCCAGUCAACUCCUGUUAAGAAGAAGAGGCCUCCACCGAAAACUGCUAACAAAACCAAGGAAACUGCACAAGCAGAUUCUUUGUCUGAAUCUCUGCAGAUACAAAUUCCAGAGUCUACGACAGAUCCUGAAGUUUCUUCAGCAGUGUCUUCAGAAUCUACAGAUAUUCUUGCUAAAGCAGCUGAAUCAAUCUUCUCUCCACCUGCAGGAGAAGUUGCAGGUGUUGGAGGAGCAUUUUACAAUCCUGCAAAUGAAGAUAACCCUCUUCAUAUAGACACAAGUGCAACUGAAGUGGAAGACGAUUUAAAAUCUCCAAGUAAACAAUCGAAAAAACUUACUAAUGUAAGUGUUGCAAAUACUGGAACGUUAGAAGAUAAUGUGCUAGGUCUGAAUUCAGUUGCUGAAGGAGCAAAGGCAAUAAAUGUAUCGAAGGUUGUGAAUAAUGCUGGAAAAAGUGAGGAAUCAAAUGCUGAUAAUGUGACUUCUCUGUCAGUAACCCUCGAGGAAAUUGCUGGAAUGCAGUUCAGUGAAAGUGUUACAAAUAUAUCUGACAAAAACAGUGAGAUAAUGGUGGUUAGUGAAACCAAUAAAGUUAGUAAGAAAAGUAAACCAAGUUCGUCAAAAAGUAGCGAAAAUAAAAAGGAAACUGAAACUAAAUCUGGUCACAGAUCUGGUGGUUCAAAAAAUAAAUCUUCGAAAAAACUAGUAGCAGAAAAAAGUAGUGUUUUAGAAUUAGAAAAAGUUGAUUCAGAUUCACAAAUGGAUAUUGAGAGUACUUUGAUACAUAUCCCAGACAAUAUUACAUUCAGUGAGAAUGAUUUAUCAGAUGUUUUGGAUCAGGUCGAACAGUUAGGAAGUUCUGUGUCAGAAAGUGCAAAUAAAGGUCAAGCAUCAGCCAAAAAGUCAAAAUCUAAGAGAAGUAAAGCUGCUGAUCCAGAAAGUGAACCGAGUUCUAAAAAACGUAAAAGUAGCAAAGAUGUAAAAGAUAGUUCUAAAAGUAAUACGCCAGCAAAGGAAAUACUCAGUAUGCCAUCGUCAUUAUCAGUGUAUGAUUUUGACGAUUCAGACGAUAUUGUGCCAUCAAUUUUACCUCUUAAUGGUAAAGAUUUUACUGCCCUAUCUUCCACUCCUACGAAAACGGAAUUAGGUGUUACCGACUCUGAAGACUCACAAAAAAGUGAAACAAAGUCGAAAAAUAGUGCUCAAACUAAGACGAAGAAAAGUUCAAAAAGUGCUAAGAGUUCAAAAGACAAUGAAGUCAGUUCACAGAAGGUUGUGAGUGAUGAUCAGUCAAAUAGUUUGUUAUUUGAAAUGAAAGAUCUAACAGAUAGUGAUAAGAAAACAUAUGAAAAUAAAGAAAAUAAAUCUGACACUAAUAACCAGACCAAAGUAUCUGCAGCUCUACCAAGCAUGCCGGAGAUUGACACCACAACAAGUCUCUUUGGGUUUCCAGUUCCAAAAAAAUUACAGCGUCCUGACAUGUCGUCUCGCGCUCAGCCGACUCCGAAAAUUGUGUCUCAAGUAUCACCAAAGCCAAGCUCACAACCUAACACUCCUUUAGUUUCACCAAAACAACCCAUGACUUCACCAAAAACUGUACCUGGUAUGGUUUCUCCCUUACAGAACAGUUUCUCACCUGAACUUGUCUCUCCAAAACUUAGUAUUGUCUCUCCUAUUCAGGGGAUUCUUCCAGAAAACGAUAAUGUUACGUCUUCACCAAAGCAUUACACGGAAAUGUCACCGAUAAAAAAGCGAACACCCCCAGAGAAACUGGAAAGUAUGAAAGUUAGCUCAUUUAGUGCCUUAAAUUCUGUGCCAUUGUCAGAUGCUUCCACCGAUUCAUUUACUCCAAUGGAUAGUAGUAAACCAGCUGUAAGUUCACAACCCAUGGGUGUGAUAACAUCUGCAAAAACACUGCCACCAUCUGUUCCUGAAUCGAACAAACAGAGUAACGAACCUAAAGUUCCAAAUGAGCCAAAUACUGUGUUAAAGAAGAAUGUAUCGGAAAACGUUCAAAGCUUGCCGAGUAGCACUCAGUCGUCAAAUGUAGGACAGAAGCCGCCAAACAGCGGAAGAAAUUCUUCUACAAAUGUGGAAAACAAAUUCAAUGUUACAAGUGUUCCUGCAUCUAAUGCAAAUAGUAUGCCAGUUUCUGCUCAAAGACCAUCUCAAACUUCAGUUAAUUCCUCGCAAAAUAAUAGGUUUGGAAAUCAGUUCAACAGUGAUCCGGUUUAUGGUUCGCUAUCAGGCAUGAAUAAUAGAUCUGUACCCAAGGACACUACUGCUCGCUCAAAUGGUGGAAUGAAUAAUUUUUCAGUACCAUAUUCAGCUGACUCGAUAUUCAGCUCGCAUGCAGAAAAGGUGAUAAAAUCACCACCAAAUGUGAACAUAUCGACUUUAAAUGUUAAACCAGACACUUCUAAUUUGUCAAAGUUAAGAAACACAGGUAAUCCCUACUCAGUUGAUAGUUUUGUACAGUCUAGUAGGGAAGAAGGCAUAAGACCAAGACCAGACACAAUUGGAGCUCACUCAGACUUAAUCAGCAACAACGACUUAGCUAACACGACAAAUGACUUUUCACGAUUGCAGUCGGAGAGCUCACCAGAUGGAUUUAAUUUUGCAAACAUAGGUCUGAAUCUGCAGCCUAUCACAAGUAAUAUACCGGCCAGUUUUAUGGACACAUCAAGCACGACAACAUCCAACAUGUCAUCAUCAUUUUCAUUUUCCUUAUCGUCAACAUCAUCAACAGUAACGACAAGUGCAGGUGGUAUUGGUCAUCAUCAGUUUCCAUUUUUUCCGCCAGUUUUAUCGUCUUCUUCAAAUGUGCCAUCUUCACAGACCAGUCUGCCAGCAACAAUGUCAAAUAUGGAGAUGUUUGAUCAAAACAAUAGUGGUAACAAUGUCAUACAAAGAAAUAACACAGUCAUGCAUCAAAGUGGCAAUAAUUUGCCAAGAGGCGACAACAGUCAUAUUUCUAGAGUUGAUUCAAGUAACGUACCAAGGGGCGAGCCUCUGCAGAGAAAUGAUAAGGGGCCGCCACCAAUCAGGUCAGAUGACAGUAAUCGAGAGCAGGGAACCAACCCAUCAUGCAGCAAGCAGAAAAUGCCUAAAGGACAGGGUCCGGCUAUUAUACAAGAACCGUUUUCAUCAUUCCCAAACACAAGCGGUGGGCCAGACAACAAUUUCUUCCAUGAUUCACAAAUGAAAUCUAACGUGGGUAAAAGUCCAACUGAACAAAUGAGAAAGCCGCCACCACAGGAUAAAAUGAUGGAGAUGAAUAGUUCGCAUUCCCGCAGUAGUAGCACACAGUCUUCUAUGUCAGAUAAGAGGGGCAAUACCAUGGAUAGAUCUCCUCAGAUGAUGAACAAUUCCCAGCCUUAUUAUCAGUCAAAUUACCCGUCUUCCAAAUCUUUGAACACUCCACCUUUGCACCAUAUGAUGCCCCCAGAUGAAAGAGGGAGAACCAUGACAAACAGAUCACCUUAUGACACCCCAUUUCCCCCACCCCCAUCUUCUCAAGGUUUUAAUGCCAUGGGUCCAAGUUACAGAUUUGAUAGUGGGCCACCAAGCUUUAGUAGGGAUAAUUCUGGAACUCAACCAUUGAGUCAUACCCCUGUUAAUUCUGGAGGCAGGAAGUCUGCAAAUCCUCCUCCCCCUGCUCAAACAUCUGUGGUUAAACCUCCCCAAAAACAAUCUGCUCCUCCACUAGUGCCAAUGGGUGGGCCUCCACAAGCACCCCCAUCGCAGGCUCCAAGGCCUACACCUCAGAGUCACAGAGCAACUACGCCCCAUGGCAACCAGGCAGGUCCCACUCCCACACCAACUGGGGUCAGUCAGUCAAGGCAGUCGAAACAGCCUUCCCGUAACUCCAAGCCACCUUCAUCAAAGAAGUCAAAGACCUUGCCAUUUAUGGAAGUGGACAGUAAUUUGUCAAACUCCAUAUUUGAGACUAAUAGGAGUAUGACUCCAUUCUUCCCAACUAUGCAAAAUCUUUCUCCACAAUCUAGGAUGCAACAUGAAGGGUCACCAUUCCUUCCUGGUAAUUUCUUUGGUCCUGGGCCAAGGUUUCCUAAUUCCAACACACCUAUGCCAAAGAAUUCAGACAUUGGUGCCCCAUUUAACCCAUUAUUCCCUCCAAGAGGGGCUCAGAAUGGUCUAGGUUUAAACUUUCAGCCUGGGUUUGGAAUGAACAUGAAUCCAUUACAUGGUAACCAUGGAAAUGCCCCACAACUAACUCCACACACAGCUCCACACAUGGCUAAUUUCAAUUUAAACAACAUUUUCUCAGAUGGUGCAUCACAAAAUGAGUCUUCCCUCAACAUCUCGCCAAUAAAAUUCCCCCAUACUAACACAAUGUUACAACAUCAGGGCAUGGAACAUAACGCCAUGCAACACCAUCAUCAGUACAACAGGGGUCAUCCAUCAGUCAUGUCUAUAAAUAGCAUCCUGGGGCCCAAUCACCAUGGUUUUGAUGGAAGAAUGAACACGUCCAUGGCGGGUCCGUUCCACAGUCAUGGCCACCCAUCUUUCAUCCCACCCCUGAAUUUCUCCAUGCAUGACCAUUAAAUGUUAUUAUCGGUUUAUAAUGCAGUUGCAAGGUUUAUUUGGCAGUGGACAUGAUUGUACAAGUCUAAGUUAUUUUUAGUUUGUUCAACUGUGUGUAUUCUACAGGAAAAAAACUGACAAAAAAUUAAUGUACAAAAUAAUUUUUUAUGGAGAUUUUUAAGUAUUUUUUUUGUACAGUUAUACAUAGGUUGUGCUUACUGGAGAUAUAAGCUUAAUGUUUACUAAUCACGUGCUAAUAUGAGAUGAAUUUCCUAUGAAGAAAUUAUGUAAAAGUAACAUUUUACUGACUCGAAUUGAAUUAUACUUUAGUUGUUACUGACAAAAAGUGAUCACAGACUUGAAAAAACCUGAUUUUAUUUUUAACAUUGUUGGGAGACUUUGUAUGCUUUUUUAAAAACAAUUUGAUAUAUCCAAGCCAAAGCUUGAUUUAUUUAAUUACAUGUUAAAUUAAUAUAACUAUUAUACACAGAUUUAUAUCAUUUUUAUCAAACAGAAUCAUCGUAAGUGUAUGUAUAAUUGUGGUGUUAUUGGACUUUGUGAUUCUUAUCUCCCAUGAGCUUUAGGUUGGGUUGUGCUCUGUCCAGUAUCUAUUUUCUGUGUAGUAACAAUUUAUUUGUUGUUUUAUUUUAUCAGAUUUGGUAAAUUUUUGUUGAUGGAUUGUACAGUUGGUCAAAACUAGCUCAUCAGGUCAGAAAUCAGGCUGCCAGGUCAUAAACUAGCUCACAAGGUCAGAAAGUCAGCUAGUUGAUUAUUCUUGUCUGUUACAGCAAGGAGCAGAUAGGUCAUAAACUAGCUCACAAGGUUAGACUGCAAGGAGCAGAUAGGUCAUAAACUAGCUCACAAGGUUAGACUGCAAGGAGCAGAUAGGUCAUAAACUAACUCACAAGGUUAGAAGUCAGCUCGCCAAUUAUUCUUGUCUGUUACAGCAAGGAGGAAAAAGGUCAUAAACUAGCACAUCAGAUCAGAAAUCACCUGCCAUUUGAUCUUGUCUGUAAUAGCAAGGACCAGUCGGAUCAAAAACUAUCUCACCAUGUCAGAAAUCAGCUUGCCAAUUAAUUUGGUUGAUUAAAUUAAGGACUGAUGGUGUGGGGGUAGGGAUGUGUGUUGGUUUUGGUCUUUAGGGUUUUUGUUACCCUUUCUGUAGAGGAGAAAACAUUAAAUUUCAGAUAUAUCUAUUUAAAUUAAAUUUACUUUAUCUACUGGUUCUCUGUGCAGACAUCUUUUGGUGUCUUAAUUUAGUUUGAUAAAAAUGCACAAAAGAAACCGUAUCAAAUUAUGGUCAGAAACUGGUCUGUUUAGAGUUGAGCAGUUCUCUUAUUUUAGAUAAUUAUCAUUAUUUGAAUAUCAUUUAUUCAUAUUAAUAAGUAAUAUAAAGAUAAUAAAGAUUUACAAAUGUUUGAUAAUGAAACAGGAUAUGAUACUGUUCCCCAGUAUUGUUCGAUUAUAUCAUGUCUGCUUACAUGUACAUAUAAUAUUGUUGCAGUUUAUUUUUUGCAUCCAUGACAAGAAUAUCAAAGGAUCAUACAUUUUUACAAGCAAUAUUACUGAAGUUUUCUUGUUAUAAUUUACUUUGUUAUUUUUGUGCUAAGCCUUUGCUGGUCUUGUGUCGUUUACAAAAGAACUAGAUUAUUAUCGGUAUUCAUGUAAAAGCCCAGGCAGGAUAUUGUUUUUUUGUACAUAAUUGUAAAAGCAUUGCAACACUUUUACAUCUGAAAUAUUAAUAUGUAUUAAAGGAAAAUAUGUGUUGUUUUUUGAAGGGGUUCAGCAAUAGCUUUUUAACAUUUUACUCUGUGAAUAAAAGGAAGCAAACAGAAAUAAUUUUAUCAGUAAAAUUCUUCCUAUAAAAGCUAUUACAUGACAAUUUAUGGUACAUCAAAAAUAAAUGAAAAAUGAUCAAAUGAAAUAUCUGACAAUAUUUAUUAUGCCCCCAACUUCGAAGUUUUCUUUUGUUGGUUGUCAAUAAUUAGAAAAUGCUUGAUUCCCAAUGCUCGGACUUCAUAGGGUGAUUGCAUGUGGUCAGUAGAUGACCUCAUUGUUUGCAAGAAUGGGGCAGUAGAUCACAGGUAAAGGCCAUAGUGACCUUUUAGACUGAAAACUUUUUGAGGCCAAUGAUUAAAGAAGGUUUUAGCCUACAGUUGUUGAAAUUAAUAGGAAGAUUACCUGUGGUCAGUAAGUGAGUCGUUUAAUUUGAGCCGUGCCGUGGGAAAACCAACAUAGUGGGUUUGCGACCAGCAUGGAUCCAGACCAGCCUGCGCAUCCGCGCAGUCUGGUCAGGCUCCAUGCUGUUCGCUAACAGUUUCUCCAAUUCCAAUAGGCUUUAAAAGCGAACAGCAUGGAGCCUGACCAGACUGCGCGGAUGCGCAGGCUGGCCUGGAUCCAUGCUGGUCGCAUACCCACUAUGUUGGUUUUCCCAUGGCACCGCUCAUUUGGUCAAAGGUCACAGUGAUCUCAAGACUAGAAAUAGUUUCUGCUCUAUAACUAAAGCCCACUUAGCUCAACAAGGAGAGUGCAGGUCGCGUGGUCCUGAGUUUGAUCCCUGGGUGGGCCGUAUGUUCUCUGUGACAAUUUGAUAAAAGACAUUGUGUCUGAAAUCAUUCGUUCUCAACCUCUGAUUCAUAUGGGGAAGUUGGUAGUUACUUGCGGAGAACAGGUUUGUACUGAUACGGAAUCCAGGAACACUGGUGAGGUUAACUGCCUGCUGUUACAUAACUGAAGUACUUUUGAAAAAUGGUGUUUAAACCCAAAACAAACAAACCAUAACUAAAGAAUGCUUUAGCCUUCUCAAAUGAUUGCCUGUGGUCAGUAGAUUACCCCUAUUGUUUCAACAGUCAGUAUAUCAAAGGUCAAGGUCGCAGUGUCUUCAAGUUUAAAACUGUGUCUGCUCAAUAACUAAAGAAUGCUUUGGCCUACAGUCCUCAAACUUCAUAGGAUGAUUGCCUGUGGUCAGUAGAUAACCUCUAUAAUUUUGGUGAGCAGAAGGUCAAAGGUCAAGGUCAUUGUUUCUGCUAGACUGAAAACAGUUUCUUAGAGGAAUUUUAUAUCCAUCAUUCAAAAAAAGAACCUUUUAUGAAAAGAUAAUUGGUCAAUAUUUAUUAUAAAAUGUCAUUAAGUAUAUACCAAAGACUUUUAAGUUUUCCCGAACUUCAGUCACUAGUUGAAAUGUGAAUAUAAGCUGUGUGAAUGAAUACCAGAUGUUUUUGAUUGAAUGUCUAGUAGUAGAGUUGAAAUCCCAUAAAAACUUACAGACUGUCAAAAGUGCGAAAAUGGUGCUAUAACCUGUAUAUAAGAAAGUGUAUAUUAUGAAAUUUUUUUUGUACAUUUGUUGAAUGAGAACUGGAACUGAUCAGAGAAUUUUAGUAACAUUUUAGGUAGAUUUUUAUACAUUAAUGCCAGUUAGAAUGCAAUUAAAUAAAAUGAUUCUAUAUAUAUAUUUAUUCUAUAUACUAAAGGUAUGCUUUUAAAAUGAGUUUGUAAUGUUGAUGCAGAAUUAGUAAUUGUGUAGCUAAUCAAUUUUAUCACAUAAAAGUCUUUUAUGUCAGUAAUACUGUAAAUAUGUUUUUUCAAUCUGUGCUUUGAAAACUUUUAAUUUUUUUAACGAUGUAUAAACUAUUUUUUAGCUCACCUGAGCAAUGCUCAGGUGAGUUUUUCUGAUCGCUCGAUGUCCGGUGUCCGUCGUCUGUCUGUCGUCUGUCUGUCGUCUGUCUGUCAACAUUUAGCUUGUGUAUGCGAUAGAGACUGUAUUUUUCAACUGAUCUUCAUGAAAAUUGGUCAGAAUGAUUACCUUGAUGAAAUCUAGGCCGAGUUCGAAAAUGGGUCAUCUGGGGUUAAAAACUAGGUCACUAGGUCAAAUCAAAGAAAAACCUUGUGUAUGCGAUAGAGGCUGUAUUUUUCAAUUAAUCUUCAUGAAUUUUGGUCAGAAUGAUAACCUUGAUGAAAUCUAGGCCGAGUUCGAAAAUGGGUCAUCUGGGGUUAAAAACUAGGUCACUAGGUCAAAUCAAAGAAAAACCUUGUGUAUGCGAUAGAGGCUGUAUUUUUUAAUUAAUCUUCAUGAAUUUUGGUCAGAAUGAUAACCUUGAUGAAAUCUAGGCCGAGUUUGAAAAUGGGUUACCUGGGGUCAAAAACUAAGUCACUAGAUCAAAUCAAAAUAAAACCUUGUGUAUGCGAUAGAGGCUGUAUUUUUCAAUUAAUCUUCAUGAGUAUUGGUUAGAAUGAUUAUCUUGAUGAAAUCUAGGCCGAGUUUGAAAAUGGGUCAUCUGGGGUCAAAAACUAGGUCACUAGGUCAAAUCAAAGAAAAACCUUGUGUAUGCGAUAGAGGCUGUAUUUUUCAAUUAAUCUUCAUGAAUUUUGGUCAGAAUGAUUGCCUUUAUGAAAUCUAGGUCUUGUUCGAAUAUGGGUCUUCUGGGGUCAAAAAGUAGGUCACUAGGUCAAUUCAAAGGAAAAGCUUGUAUAUGCGAUAGAGGCUGUAUUUUUUAAUUGAUCUUCCUGAAAUUAAGUCCAAAAUGAUAACCUUAAUGAAAUCUAGGCAGAGUUUGAAAAUGGGUCAUCUUGGGUCAAAAAGUAGGUCACUAGGUCAAAUCAUAGAAAAACCUUGUGUAUGCGAUAGAGGCUGUAUUUUUCAAUUAAUCUUCAUGAAUUUUGGUCAGAAUGAUUAUCUUGAUGACAACUAAGCCAAGUGCGAAAACGGGUCAUCUGGGGUCAAUAACUAGGUCACUAGGUCAAAUCAAAGAAAAACCUUGUGUAUGCGAUAGAGGCUGUAUUUUUCAAUUAAUCUUCAUGAAUUUUAGUCAGAAUGAUUGCCUUUAUGAAAUCUAGGUCAAGUUCGAAUAUGGGUCCUCUGGGUUCAAAAAGUAGGUCACUAGGUCAAUUCAAAGGAAAAGCUUGUAUAUGCGAUAGAGGCUGUAUUUUUCAAUUGAUCGUCCUAGAAUUAAGUCCAAAAUGAUAACCUUAAUGAAAUCUAGGCAGAGUUUGAAAAUGGGUCAUCUUGGGUCAAAAAGUAGGUCACUAGGUCAAAUCAUAGAAAAACCUUGUGUAUGCGAUAGAGGCUGUAUUUUUCAAUUGAUCUUCAUGAAAUUUGGUCAGAAUGAUAGUCUUGAUGAAAUCUAGGUCAAGUUCGAAUAUGGGUCUCGUACUCUGGGGUCAAAAAUUAGGUCACAGGUCGAAUCAAAGAUAAUACUUAUUUAUACUCAAGAUUUUUGCUCCAAUUUUAAUGAUAAUUUGUCAGAAUAUUUUUUCCAUGAAAUCACUAGGUCAAACAUAUUUACACUGUUAUGGUGUGUUAUGGUGUGUUUCUCAGGUGAGCGACCUAGGGCCAUCUUGGCCCUCUUGUUUAAAGUUGCACUAGAUUUUUUUUUUUUUUUUUGCAAUAUCAUCUCAUUUUUGUCUGUUCAAAAAUUAUCAUUGCGGUAAGUACAGAAGCUGCUACCUGUUACGUCCCGUUCCAGAAAAGUUCCGCUGUCUUUUUUCCGACUAUACUUCAUUUCAUUCCAUCCUAGAUUUAUUUAGAUUAUGUUUAUUGUUCUCAAGGCGCUUUGUCUAAUUUUGUGUUAUCAGCUGUAACUUUAAUGAACUUUCUGAUUUCGAAUGUUCUUUUAGCAAUAUGUACUUUUUUGCUAUAUAUGGGCCUGCACAGUUAGCUCAGGAGAUGGUGCAUAGGGUUGUAAAUUGCAAGUCAGUAAAUUUUUAGUGAACACCCCUUUGAAUUAUAAGUGGUACUGUCCAAAUUAAAUGCUGGACCAGCCCAUUUCAGAAAUUUAGUAGGGUUAAGGUUAAGCUUGUAAUUUUUGUUUUAGGAGCAGUUGUCACAAGAUUUUCAAAAUGAGAAGUGCAUUGCAUAAGCGUUUCCAUUUGUUCGUUUUGCUCAAAUCUUGGUGAAAAAUAACUUUUACUGUGAGGAGUUUAUGUUUUCAGAUCAGAAAGUCUUAAUUCCUGGAAGAAGUCCCGGUUUAGUAAAAUAUAAUCAUGCAGGGCAUUGCACUUUGUUUAUUUUUGUGUGUGCUUUUUUCAUUGCCUGAUAUGCAGUUUUUCAGUGUUUGUCCUUAUCUAAACAGGUGCAUUUGCCUGACAUUUAUGUUAUGUAGAACAAAGUAUCUUUGUGUUCGUAAUGUAUAUAAUAUAGAACAAUUCUUCAAUGUAAAUUUAGUACAGUUCAUUGAAUUAUUACUGAUUUAAGGUAGCGGAACUGUAAUGACACUGGACAAUUUCCGUUUGAGUUCAUAUUCUGAUUAGGCAGUUUGGCAUACAAGGAAUGGUUUCCUUUACAACCAGAGAAUGCAGAAACCACUGAGAAAAUGUAAUCGAAUGAUUUUCAUUAACCAGAGAACGCAGAAACCACAAACGGAGAAAAUGUAAUCGAUUGAUUUUCGUUACAGGUCCACUAUCUUAAAAAGGUGAUUUUUACAGUCAAGACAAUGAACAUUGUUAAAAGGAAGGUAGAUCUGAUUUUUAGCUCAACUAUACGGAGUAUAAGGAGAGCUAUCCUACUCGACCCGGAGUCUGCAUCCUUCCGCGUCCCCACCUUGGUUAAAGUUUUUUUUACACUUUCUCUUUUUUCUUCUUAUCUCUGUUAUUACUUGAUGGAUUUGAUUCAAACUUAAAAUAGUUAUUCCUCAUCAUCACCCACAUCAUCUGACAUAAGGGCCUUAACUCUGGCACCAAUAUUUCAUGAUUUAUCCCUUUUCACUUAGAUUUUCAGGUUAAAGUUUUGAUGCACUUUCACACUAUCUCUGUUAUUACUGAAUGGAUUUGAUUCAACACCAUCACCCACAUCAUAUGACACAAGGUGCAUAACUCUGGCACAAAUUUUUCAUGAAUUAUUCCCCCGUUUUACUCAGAAUUUCAGGUUAAAGUUUUGAUGCACUUUCACUCUAUCUCUGUUAUUACUGAACGGAUUUGAUUCCUACUUAAAAUUGUUGUUCAACAUCAUCACCCACAUCAUAUGACAUAAGGUGCAUAACUCUGGCAUCAAUUUUCAUGAAUUAUUCACCCUUUUUACUUAGAAUUUCAGGUUAAAAUUUUGAUGCACUUUCACACUAUCUCUGUUAUUACUGAAUGGAUCCACCAUUGGAGUCAUUAAACACUCCAGUGACAGCUCCAGUUUCCUCAGAUGUGCCCAGUUUCAGUAUCCAGCAUCGAAAUAAUGGAGCGCGCUGUCUCCUGUGACGGCUCUUGUUUUUGUUUUUUUUUGUAUGAAAUCUUGAAAUAUGAAUUACAUUUUGUAAUGUUCUUGUUUUUCUAAAUGUUGGCAUAUAUUCUCUGUGAUACCUUGUUGUUAACCUACCUCUUUAUUCUACAACCCUAAUCUCUUUUUAAUAUCCUUCUUAGGCUUUCAUGAAAAAAAUAUUUGUUUGCGUUAACACGACCUACCCGUGAAAAUGGCUGCGACCCAACUUUUUUUUCUGGCCAGUCAGAUAAAAAAAAUUAUUUCCUAUAUGAUUAUAUGCAAAAAAAAAUGCCCUACCUACCUACACACACAAAAACCUUUGGGUCGCGUUACCGCAAACAAUUUUUUAAUGACGGCCUUAUCCUACUAGUAGUACCUGGUGUUACUAUAAAGCGAUAAGGAAAGAAAUACAAAAAAUACACAGUAAUACUGUGACUGUUUGCACAAAUAUAUUCACAGGUUCACUUCCAGUAACUAAGAAUUUACCCAGAUUUUCUCGUAAUUGAUAAGACAUGUAUUUGAGGACUUGUCAUAGUCAGUUCAGUUAUAUUAGUGUUAUGGUUGGUCGACCCUUCUAACUCCAUAGACUGGCAGUGCUUAGCUUCAUGGUUGGUAGAUUCUUCUCAUUCCAUAAACUGCAAUGCUUAACCAUUUCUCUGAAUAAAGGGACUUGCCUUGGGAUUUUCCCUUAAAGUUUUGAAAAUGAGAAAACACUUGAAUUUAACAAAGAGGUGAAACAAUGUACUGUUUAUACUCGGCUAUAUGGGAGAGCACUUAUAAGACGGGGCAUUUCAGACAAUGCUAAUUUAAAUGCACACUGAUUAAUUAUUAAAUAUUUAGGCAAUUUCUCUACCAUGUUUUUCAUGGGGUAAAAUUUGCUUUGAUUAAUGAUGAUAUUUGGCUUGUGACAUCAUCGAAUGGUCCUCUAUUAAGAUUGUUUAAAUUGUGCCUCUGGGAUGAAAAGAGUUCCCGCCCCGAGGGUCCCAAGUUUUACAUCGACUUACAUAGGAAAAAACUUUAAAAAUCUUCUUGUUUAAAACCACAAGGCAUAGGCUUUUGAUAUUUGGUACGUUGCCAUGCCUAGUGCUCCUCUACCAAAAUUGUUCAAAUUAUGCCCCUGGGGUGAAGAGGCCUUGCCCUGGGGGUCCCAAGUUUAACAUAGACUUGUAUAGGAAAAAAAUCUUCUUGCCUGAAAGUUCAAGGCCUAGGCCUUUGAUAUUUGUUAUGUAGCAUUGCCUUUAUGAUCGCUAACAAGAUUGUUCAUAUUAUGCCCCUCGGUUGAAAAGAGACCCCGCCCUGGGGGUCACUUUUUAUAUAGGAAAAAAUACUUCAAAAGUUGUCAGGUCAUAUUUCCUAGACUGUUUAAAUAUAAUUACCUGAUGACCCCAAGUGAUUAGGGUUGACCUUGACCUACUGACCUACUUUCUUGUUUUUUUAAGAUACAGCCUUGAAAUUUGGAUGACAUGUACAGUUUUGCACACCGAUUUUAAAACUGACUUUCAGUGACCAUGGAUGUGACCUACUGACCUACUUUCUAAAUAUUUUACUAUCAGUUUUCCAUUUGAAAUGUGGCUCAUAUUACUCAGGUGAGCGAUCUAAGGUCAUCAUGACCCUCUUGUCAAAUUGUAUCUAUACAUUUAUUAUCAUGAUAUAUAAUACUGAAUAAUUUGACAUCAAUCUCGAGGCAGUCCCUUUAAAAUCAAAUCCAACGUCCUGACUGGAAGUUGAAACUCGUUCUCUUGAAUUCCUAGCAUUUUAGUUCGAGAUAACCGAAGUUCCAUUAAACAUUGUAUUUUGUGCACGUGUUUUUGAGACAGGACUUGAAAAUAUCUUCCAGAUAGCCGGAAUUUUAAGAUAAAAGAGUUCCAAGUUAUCUAGUAUCAGCUGUAUUUUAUUGUUAUGUAAUCUAAAUACACAGGUACUACAUUCCUUGCUCUGAGCUGUAACUUACAUAUUUAAACGGAAUAGCAAAAGUUCAAUGUCCUAUACAUAUGUAUUAGCAUUGGUAAUUAAGAAUAAUAUAUUUGCAUUUAUACAUAGUUGAUGUUUGAUAAAGCUUUUUGCUAUGCUUUCAGUCUUGAUUUGUGUACUUGGCUUGCAUAUAUCAUUUAUUUAUAGAACAAAGGAUUAGUGGCAAAGCAUUUCAAAUGUCAUAAGGCCAUAUUAUAUUAUUGACUUAAAACACUGCCAUAUUUGGAAAGACGUUACCGAGUAACGUUUGUUUCAGUCUACGAAUUAACAAAUAUCAAAUAAUUGAGACUGAGUGGUUAUGUCCUAUCACAUACUUCUCUCCACUUGUCAGGACGGCUACCUCGGGCCUUUCUCCACAGAGUUGGAAAGUUGUCAGAUGAAAUUGUGUCAGUGUUACUUUAACUCCAACUUAACAAACAUAUGUAAGUAAUAGAGCUGUAAUUGAGAAAAAUUUGUUAGAAUUUAUAGAUGUAAUAACCAUUUUAUGCCCAUAUUUUGAAGAAGAGGGAGUAUACUAUAAUACUCUGGUUGGUCAAUUGGUAGACUCUUUGGUUUCCGAUAAAACAACUAAAGAAUGCUCUGAACUAUAGUGGUCAAACUUCAUAAGAUGAUUGCCUGUGUGCAGUCAUACUUCGUAACCUUAUUGUUAGUGGUCAGUAGGUGUAGUCUUAAGGUCAAAGGUUAAGGUCACAAUGAAGUGUGGUGUAAGAUAUACAGCUUGAGAAUGCUUGAAGCCUUUGACCAUCAGUCUUCGUAACAUGAUUGCCCAUGUUCAGAUGGUCAGAUGUCAAGGUCACAACAUGAUAGAGUGAAAAUUACACUGUUACCUCACCUCUAACCAUCAUGGCGGCAAUAAGUGUUUUACAAACAGCUCUUAAUUACUUACAAAUUCAUUUUCAAAUUCUUAAUAUCUUUAUUUAUUUAUUUUACCGUUAAAUUUCAGUUAUUUGUUGUGUGUUUGAAUAUGCUUUGGACUGUUUUGCAUUCAGAUAUUGAGAAAUAUUCAUUAUAGUUUCAUAAGAGAUGUACAUUUUUUUAAAGCUAAUUUUCAUGUUGCUUAUAUACCAAAUUCAGUGUGACAUUAAUUUUACUAUUGUGUAAAUUACUAAGAUCUUGUACAGAAGAUACUGUGUAUUCAUUCUCUAUGCACAGUAAGAAUGUUUUCAUUCUGUAUGUACAGAAAGAUACUGUGUGUUAAUUUGUUUACUGUGUAUUCAUUCUUUGUGUACAGUAAGAUGCUGUGUAUUAAUUCUCUGUGUACAGUAAGAUACUGUGUAUUAAUUUUUUUAUGUACAGUAAGAUACUGUGUAUUAAUUUUUAUGUACAGUAAGAUACUGUGUAUUAAUUUUUAUGUACAGUAAGAUACUGUGUAUUACAUUUUGUAUUUUGUUACUGCUCAGCCAUCUGUUCAAACAUAAUGCUUUAAGUAAAAUAGAUCAGAAUAGCA